GCGAGAGCAUUAACCAUUACAUCGUUGUGGUGGAAAAUAUUAGGUUUACGUACAAAUAAUUGCUCUUAAUUUCCUAAGAAUCUUGAAGCUUGGCUUAUCAAUUUAUUAAGUGUAUUGCGGCUCUGAAAAGUUUUCGACGACAUUGGCAGCUGAAAUGACACAGGACGACGAGUUUGAGUAUGAUUUCAUCUGCAGCACAGACGUGAUAACGGCGCUCACAGAAGCCGUGGGUUCCGAAGCAAAAUUUCAAAGCUAUGAAGUACGAGAUUUCAUCAAAAAAGGCGACAAUUACUUGGGUACUCUCACCAGUAUAUUAGUCGUCUACAACUUGGAUGCAGAAACUAAAGAAAUUUCGUUCAUUGUUAAAGCGGCUCGCAAUCAGUCGUCAUCUUUGUCAAGUUUCAGUGAAUAUCUUUACAUGAAAGAAUUCGACUUCUACUCGAAAGUCAUUCCUGCUUUGAACAAAGAGCUUAAAUCCAUUGGACAGCAUACAUUGCAAAUCCCAAAGUGUUAUUUAUGCGUGGAAAAGGAAUCUUUGAAAGUUUUGUUCCUAGAAGACCUGAGAUGUGGUGGUUUCAAACUUUACAACCGCAAAACUUCUCUCGACAUGGAACACUUAUCUCUCGUUUGCAGAGAACUCGCACAUCUCCAUGCAAUAUCAAACCUCUACCUGACGAAAAAUAAUUACAAGGCAGAAGACAUCAGGAAAAUUUGGCCAUGCUUGAAAGAUCCUUUCUACAUAUUCAAAGAAGAAGGUGACCUGGCUUCUUUCGAGGAUUUCUUCAAAACUUUCAUUUGCACGGGAAUCGUAGCAGCCACCUCCAAUCCUGGCUACGAAGGAGCAGCAAAAUUCUUCAAAGAGUGCCUGACUACUGCACAUGAAAUUUUCUAUGACCAAAUGUUGCUCUCCUCACAAGAAUUCACCUCAAUCUGUCACGGAGAUGCCUGGACGAAUAACUUUCUUUUCAGGUAUGACAACGCUGGAAAAGCGGUCGAAUGCAAAUUCUUAGAUUUCCAGUUCAACCGCGUUGGUUCGUUAGCGUUGGACCUCAACUACUUGUUCUACUCAAGUUUAGAUGAGGGUAUCAGAAAACAAAACUUAGACUCCGUGUUGUCAGUGUACCAAUCAAGUUACGAAUGUGUAUUGAAAGCUGCCGGAUCAAACUCCAAGCUCACUCUGAAUCAACUCAAGGAUGAGUUCAAAAGCAAGCAAAAAUUUGGGCUCAUUUCUGGUCUCAUGAUGAUUCCCAUGGUCAACGAAGAUUCAGAUGAUGUUUUUGACGUGGACAUUUUCAUCAAGAAGAAGACUGAUAGCGAAAACCGUAUGCUGGAAGAAAUCAUGAGGAAAAAGUUCGAAACGAACCGAACUUUGAAUACUAUGACACUGCAGAUGAUCGAUGAAAUGAUCGAAGCUGGAGUCAUUAAAAACUAACCAUUUUGUGUUUACAAGAAAAAUAAAUGUCUAGGGGUUGAUAUAAUAGUUCUAGUACUCGUAUUUGACAUGUAACACAUCGGGUAGUACAGUAUAUAAGGUGAGUGCAGUUAAUGACGAUCAAUGGCUUUCACGAGCUGUUGAGACUAUGACAAAUAAAGAUGUUUAUUUCGUU